AAUCCAGACAUGACUCGUGUUAAUAUCCAGCGCUAGGUGGCGCAGUGAACUCUCUGCACUCUAUAACAGCCGUUUAUCAUUAACUGAAAACUGAUGUAAAUAGUUCAGAUGAUUUGAGCUGCUGCUCCUGACAGUUGAGAGCUCGAUCAUGAUGGUUUCUUAUCGUUUAUACUGGACGCUGUGGAUAUUGUCGUGUUUUGGACAAUAUUUGGGCCAAGAUCUGCAGAUCCCUGAGCCGCCUAAUAAAACAGAAGGAGACAGUGUGGUGUUCGCUCCUGAUAACCCACCCUCCACAUCUACUCUUAUAACUCAAUGGUUUUUUGCUACAACACCUAUAAUUACAGUAGCGUCUGGUGUAACUGCAGUAAACCCCGCAUAUGAAGGCAGAAUCAGUGUUGACAGCAACACUCUCGCUCUGGAGCUGCAGAACCUGAGACUGAAUGAUUCUGGAAUAUACAGACUGACUGUAACAACUAGUGCUGGAGAGACACUUACUGGAGAAACUUCACUACAAGUGUUCGAAAAAUUAUCUGUCAGGCUUAUUGGUCCAGAGGAACCAUUAAUAGAGGGCGAAUCAUCUGCUAACAUCACCUCUGAAGGAAAUGGCAUCAUCACCUCUGUGCAGUGGAUGAAAGAUAACAGUCCUCUGUCUCCUAGCAACAGCAUCAUCUUCUCACCUGAUAACAGAUCAGUGUCCAUCAGUCCAGUGCAGAGAUCAGACAGUGGGGAAUAUCAGUGUACAUAUACAAACCCGACAGCAACAUACAGCCUGUUCAUCAACUAUGGACCAGAUGAUGUUUCUAUUAAGGGUCCGGAUGUGGUGGAUUUAGGGGUUCGUGUGUCUCUGUCUUGCUCUGCAAAUUCUGAACCUUCUGCCUCAUUCAGAUGGACGUUUAAUGAAACAGACACCAAUGUGACCACAGACACAUUCACUAUAGAUGAGACUGACUUCACACACAGUGGAGAUUACGACUGCACUGCCUGGAAUAGUGUCACAAACAGAAGCGCCUCACAAAGACAUGCUUUACUAGUUAAAGUAAGUGGAGGAGGAGGACUGUCAACAGGAGCCAUAGUUGGGAUUGUCAUUGGUGUUUUAGUGGCAGUUUCAGCCAUUUGUGGUCUGAUUGUCUAUUUAAUAAAAACCAAGAAAAUCCCGAAACUAAGCCUUCCACAAAAUGGACGGUCAAGUGGAGCAGCAGCACAAAGGACACAAGAGCCUGACUUGAACUAUGCAGAAAUCAGCCAUUUCCAGAAGGGAAGUGGAGAGAGAGUGAUUCUGGGGAAUAGAAGUGAACCUAGUACAGAGUAUGCAGAAGUAAAGCGAAGUGGAACGAAGUCAGCUGCUCCUCCACCUCCCUAUGGAAGUCAAGUAUCAAACCCUCCUUUGCGCAGAGACUUACAACUUCUACUGUCACCUCAAGAGGAUGGUGGCCAUGUAUGAUUUCUUCCCUGUACGUAAUUUCUAGGUGGCUAAACUGACCGUAUUACAACUCUUACAGCCCUUGUUAAAAUAUGCACCCCCAGUGCCUUUUAUUUAUAACUUGAUAAUGUUCCAGAUCAUUCAAUUUGAAACUGUGACAAAUGUUCAAAGCGGAAGACUGUGGUCUGCUCAUGUGUAAAUUAAUAUCCAUCUUAUCUGAACACUCCAUAAACACUCUUCCUCUAAAUGUUUUAGAUUUAUAGGCUAAUAUUUAGCUAGUAUUGAUCACAUACACCAAACAGUUUCUCAGAAAUAAUCAGAUACAUCCUCAUUCUUUCUUUCUUUCUCUGGGAAAAUAAAACAACUGUGAUAGUGGGUAAUAAAAUAAGAGAGGUUUCAUGACUAAAUUCACCUUUAGACCUGAACACAGCAUCACACAAGGAAAAGAAAUGAGGAGGCAGCAUUUUAAUCAGUGAGUUUUGGUAAACAAAAGUACAUGGCUGUUAUUUCGAAGUUAUAUUAUCUGAUUGCCUAACUAUAUUGUUAAUUAUCUUUACUAAAGAAUGUGAUAUAACUACUGUUUUGUUAUUUAUAAUUUGUAAACUUCUAUGACAUUUAAAAGAAAAUUAAUUUGCUCUAAAUAAAGAUUUUAUUUCUUGCUCAUUUUA